GAUUAGUUCAUGACGUCAUUACAUGGCGGACCUGUUAUGCUCACGGCACUUCACAACUAAGAAUUGGCUGAUAUUUAGAAAAUCAGAAUUUAAUCUGUACAAAAUAAGUUAAAAAAGCGUGUUUUCAUCAUAGCUUUUGAAGUGACGCUCCUUUCGGGUGGUUCUUUCCCACGCAGAGCAGCUCAGUGGGCUGGAACUAGAAGCUUCUCCAAAGCGGAAGAACACAACCAGCGAGAGGGGGAUGGAGAUAGACUGCCAGCCUGAGGAGUCCAUAAGCUCCACGUUUGAUGAGGACUCUGUUGAGCUCGGUGACAUCAAGGACAUGAGGUUGGAGGCGGAAGCUGUGGUCAACGACGUUCUCUUCGCGGUGACUGAAAUGCACGUGUCGCAAAAUCUCAGCAACGCACCGGACGUGGCGUACAUCAACGUGCAGACGAGAGAGGAAAAUUAUUACUGUCUGGAGCUCACGGAGGCCGGACUCAGGGUGGUGGGUUAUGCUUUCGAUCAAGUGGACGAGGACUUGGACACCCAGUAUCACGAGACCGUCUACUCUCUUCUGGACAAGCUUAGUCCGGGCUACAGGGAAGCAUUCGGGAAUGCUCUGCUGCAGCGGCUGGAAAUGCUGAAGCAAAACGGAAAGUGAAGAAGACCCGGACGAGUUUGGAAACCGUCCAACUGCCAGUCAGGGCGCCGCUGCCCCAUCAGCCUGGCCUCGUUCUGAGUUUCAUAACAUCGAAUAACUUCAUGUUAGUUACUUAGUUUUAGGGUCUGCUUCGGAUGGGCUGUUUGGGAUCUGUUGCAACAUUGUGCUGUUGACUUUUCUGUGGAAAAACCUUCCAUUUCAUACACGUUACAACUCUGUGACUGUAAUCGUUUGAGAGAUUUGCUUCUUUUUUGCUCAUCAGAACGAUGAGUUUGAUGUUUGACGUUCCUCCUCCUCUUGUCAACUGCUGCUGCUCGCAGACAUCAGAUAUCAGCUCAGAUGUAGUUUAUAUUCAGCAGGAGUCUCUGGAAAAGACCUGAAGUUCUACUUAUAAACUAAACCAUGCCUUAAUGACCAAGUUGUAUUGUUGAAAAUACUAAAAUUAGUUAAACUUUUAUUUUUGAUGGUGGAUUUGCUUUGAGGUUUGAUAAAGUCUUAUGAAGGGUUAGAUGAUGUUGCACGAUAGAUCGACUUGGCUGACGCUCGUCAUGCUAAUGCAGAUGUUACCUUUUUUGACACUGCACGGUGCAUUUAAUCUUUAGCUUGCAGUUUAAGCUGUAAAAGUGAAAAUUUGUUGUUUAGAAUUAAUUUUCUUCUUUUAAAAUGGAAUAAUCAUUUGGAACUAUUUUAAUUAUUUUUUAAAUUGUCGUCAUAAUAUUUUUUUGUUGGUGUUUUGAAAAAAUAUUUUUAAAAAUGUUACUUUUCUGCAUUACUACUGCUCUGUGUUGCUGGUUUCUGCUGACAACUAAUAAAAACUAAGAAGUUG